AUGGAAAAGUCGAGUCAAGGAAAGGCUUUUAAACUACUUCCUAAACGAACCCCAAUCUAUGCUAAAAAUUUGCAUUUUAUUUACGGUCAAGAGUCAUCAUCUCAACACGAAUCUAAUUCCCAAAACAUCCAUUUCGUGUAUUUCAUGAUAAAUGAUGAAAGUUUUCUUUACAAGCAUGAAAAAGCUUCGUUUGAGAAGCUUUUUCACUUCUGGUCUAAUCUGAAAAUAACACUUAAAGUUUGUUGGCGAAGCACGAGAGAUGUUUUAAAGCCGGAACAGAAAUUUUAA